AUGCAGACCCUGAGACCACACGUUCCCGUCCCGCGACCCGCUUACUCCCAAGCCCGAGAAAACCUUGUAAAGGCCAUUCCAUCCAAGUUGCUGUGUCUGCUGGCCUGUGGAGGAGUAGACUGCCGUUAUGAAGGACCGGAGUGUUGGAAAGCCAACCAGCAGGUCAUCAGAGGCAUUUUCUCAUCAUGGGUGACUGACGAUAUCAUCGCCAUGGCUCGACCAUCCAAAAGUCUUAUCGACAAGUACAACAUCAUUGAGCAAUUUCAAAGGUUAAACAUCAAAUCCAUCAUAAACAUGCAAAUGCCAGGAGAGCAUGCUCACUGUGGACCACCUUUAGACCCCAAAAGUGGCUUCACGUACUCGCCGCAGAGCUUCAUGGAGAAUGACAUUUACUUUUACAACUUUGGGAUGCCGGACUUCUGCGUGUCUUCCCUGGUCAGCAUAAUCGAUGGGGUGAAGGUGCUGGCUUUCGCAGUGGGGGAAGGGAGGGUCGCCGUACAUUGCCACGCGGGCCUCGGCAGAACAGGCGUCCUGAUAGCCUGCUACCUUAUCUACACUUUGCGCAUCAGUCCCAGCGAGGCCGUCCACUACGUACGGAUCAAGAGGCCGCGCUCCAUCCAAACGCGAGCGCAGAUCAGCCAAGUAUUUGACUUCGCCCGUCUGCUCGCCACGCAGCUGGUUCAAUACCCGGACCUCAGCCUGCGGCACGGAGCCCCGGUUACCCUGCAGCACUAUCUCAACCGCCAGGCGCUCCUGCUGCAUGGCCAGGAGGCCCGCACGCUCAGAUACAUACCCAAGGUGGUGUAUCUUCUAUGCGUACACCUCUGCUGCUUGGCUAUGGGACUUCCGGCAGCCCCAGAGAUAAACGCAGAACUGGAGAAGCGAUUGGCACUGAGGAUCCUGACUAGAGUCGUGAGGGACACCCUGGAGGCCAAACAGUUCCUGCCCUUGCUGAGGGAGCGUCACAACCUCCCGCGAGUGGGCUCGGGUUCCGUGUCCUCCUGGGAUGAACCGCUUGGAUUCUUAGAGAGGAAGAAUCCGGAGAAGCUUCUGGACAAACGCAGCUACAGCGACUCUGACCUCCGCAAGAUGACACUCGAUGAGGACCUGGAAAUGAGUCUCUGGCGUGAACUGGAUCUAAUAGGACCUGAUCUGAAACCACUGAACACCAAGAACAUCUCGAUUUCACCCGACCUGAUCAACAAGAAGCACUUUCAUACGUAUGUUCUUCAGCGAAGCCACAACUCAGCUCAGAAUUGUAUGGCCAAGAAGGCUCACGCCAAGUACAGCUCAAACAUUGAGUUGUCCAAAAGCGCACGAAAUCCCCGUCCGACCUCGGUGGCUCGCAACAUUGCCAGGGCGAUGGCGGACCAAGGUCCAAUAGAAGACACCGUUCUGCAACGAUUGACUCUUCUUCAGGAGGAGCUGAACAGCAGCGAAUGUGGCUGGGCUCUUGUGGUGACCGAGUCGGAUCCUCGGGUUCUUACGUGUCUGCUGUGGACCUGGUUAGAGAAGCUAAAAGAACCCGUUCUUGGAGCGGAAGAUCUCGUCAGGUUGAGUUGUGCUGGAAGCAACAAGAAACCACUUGCAGUGCUCAAGAAGUCACAGAGGCACACCAUCUAUUGUCUGUUGAGCUGCGUAAACUCAGUGACCAGUCUGUGUCCACACAGAGAAGAAGCAAUCCUGCGACGGCUGAUAAGAGCACUGACAAAGCGGCCUCAGGAGGACGUGGAAAGCCUUGCAAGUUUGGCAAAUAUCCUGAGGACCCAUUUGAGAGACACAUCCCGCAACAGCACUUGCAUCCGGAGGGCCUGCAGUUGGGACACGACACUUUGA